GAAUCAUGUCGGUUCGAACUCCAAAACCUCCCGAUCGGUAAUCCGUUCGUAUAUACUCCGAAUAGUCAUCGGUCGUACAUCAAUCGCUUUGCUCUCGUCGGUAUCGUACAUAACUAGCUCGUGCGCACUUGCUACCUAUCGUCGACGUAUACUAGUACUAAUGCCACUAAAUCUGCAUGCUAUCGUGACUACAACAUUUGACAUGCACAUCAUACCAGGCGCCUUGAGUCAAGUGACAAUUUGCAUUCCCACUAUUAGCAUCGUAGUUUGACCGUCAAUACGGUUUACCUUUUGGGGGGUUGAAGUGUGUUCGACAUUUUCCCGACAAAAAUUGUAUGUUGUAGGCACCAAAGAACCAACCACCCCCACGCUCCGGCGCGUAGCGGUUAUUUACUGAAUUUUGUGGGAAAUUGUCAGCGCGGAAUGAAAAUUGCGACUGCUCCUGCAUCGGGUGUGGCGGAAAGUUUGGCUGCCCUUGCUGCAUCGCAGCGCCGGCUGCGGCCGUUCCAAAAAUCCCUUGCGCCGCCCCGUUUUGUUGUUGCUGCGCGCGCUGGAGGAGCGGCCCGAGAUGUGUGACAAGGUCCUGCAUGUUCAGGGUAACUUGUUGCCCGUGGAUUACUGCGCGCCCCGGCUCCACGUGAACUCCUUGCUGUGCAGGUAUUUGCUGCUGCGGUGCAGGAUGCUGGUAGGGAGCUUGUCCCGGAAAGGCCCCACUACUGCUCGCUGCAGCAGCUCCUUGCGUGCCGCUUCGUCCCAAUAGCCCGCGCCCGCUUGUUCCUCCGUGCUGCUGCUCAAGCGGAUCAUUUGUAAAGCUGUUCUGCGACAUGUGAACGCUUUGGUUGCUGCUCGGGCUUGGAUUAGCGCCACCCGCGCCCUGGUACCGGUAAGGCUGGAACUGUUGGUCUUGUUCCCACUGUUGCUGCUGUCGGUACUGGGCCUGGUUCUGGUGCACCCGGUCCCAAUUGUAUCGCCGUCCGCUCAUGUUGAAAAUGGGUUUUUUCUUACUUGUAUUUGUGUGCAUUAUUCAAUCGCGAAAGGGGUAAAAAAAUUUGUAGUACGUAAGUGUUAAAAGUUUGGUCCUAUGGCUAGGUCCGGCUGAUGCACCAGUUGUACGAAAGUACUACUUGGACACGGACCGAACUACGCACACGAAAAUAGACUCUUGUAACAAAACCAAUGCAUGAACGAAUCGUGGAACAUCGAUGGGCAUAGGGGUGCAAAAUAAAAUGGUUGUGAAUUCACAUAGUAUCUUCUCCUUUAGCAACUUCCGCAUGUUCUCUGUAGGAAUUUGCUCAACCUUGAGCCAAAGUGGCUACGUUAAAAAGGUUCAUCCAUGCAAUACAAACUUCAACAACCUCAGAUCUGUCAUGCUGGUGGCCUCUCCGCACACAAAUGCCGUAGAGAAGCUUCUUGUGAGAUCUUUUAGAUCACGCGCAUUACAGAUUUGCAUCAAUUUGAAGAGUGUGCUGGUCUUUGAACGUCAGUGCAUUUUAGGAACCUAGUGCAAAAGCUUAGCGGAGAGCGAGUUCAUUUGUGGUCUUAGUUCGAUCUGAUUCCGAAGUCCUUAUGCAUACACGGUGCGUAAAAUUGUAUGUUGUAGGCACCAAAGAACCACUGCACAAGGAACCACUCCCUUGCGCAGAAGCUAAAAUUAGAGCAGAACCAGCAGAAGUCGCUGGAGAAUUUGAAACUCACCAUCAAGCACUAUGCACUGCAAAAAUGUCUGGGUCUGGGAGAUUGCGAGACUUGUCAUGCUAGUCUGGCAUAACUCUGAGUCUGAACUCUGUCUUGCGUGUCCGCGAAGAGGUCCUCUUGUCUGUCAUGCAAAAACGCAGUUUCUCAGGCGCGGCACGCAUCUCUGAACUACGGAAAAACUUGUCAUGCUAGGGGGCGCAUGACAGUGUGCUCACUAUUUCCUUUCUUGCAUCACAAGUUUCCAGACAUCCAGAGAUAUUUGCAGUUCAUAAGCACCAGCAGGACACAAUAAAGCACACGGAGGAGGAAAAGAGGGA